CCCACCUGGGACGUAUCGGUCCCACGUAGGACCCAAUAUCUUUGCUACUUGCUGUAUAAAUUUGGUCUCGAUUUUGGGAACCAAAACUCGCAACAACUUAAUACUUGCAAAUUUCCUACAAGGGAAACCAACAAGUAUUCCGUUGGACGGAGAGAUGGAAAAGAUUCCGGUGGCACGACAGAAUUCUGAGGAAAUCGACAAGUUCCUUGAUGGAGCGGCGAGUUUUGCCGACAUGAUGUUUGGGUUCUUUGACGGAAGCAAUGAGUCAGAGGAAAGUUUAAGGGACUUUGUUGACCGUGAUGAAAGUGCUAACGGCGAUGAGGAUGAACAAAACAAGAUUUUCUGGGAGGCGCAAGAAGAGCUCCUUCAGGCAACAUUGCACCGAACUACUUCUCUAGAAUCAAGAAUUCGACAAGCUACAAAAGAAGCAUUAAGCGAAUUAAAAGUGAUAGGAAUGCAAUGCGCUUGUAGGAGACCGGUGGCUGGAGGUUGCCGGAACUGUUUGCAAACAGCACUCUCGAUUCGUCUCCAAAACGUAGGUCUCAAUUGUUACAUAUGCAAGUCAAAGUGGAGGAGCUCCUCUGAAAUUCCCUCAGGGGAGCACACGUAUAUAGAAGUGUUGGAUAAAUCAAACCCCAAAAAGGGAGAAGUUAGGGUCAUCAUCGAGUUGAAUUUCCGAGCUGAAUUCGAAAUGGCGAGGGCCAACGAAGAUUAUAACAAGUUAAUCGCCCAGAUACCGGAACUAUUGGUUAUCAAAGCAGAAAGGCUAAAAGCAUUGAUCAAGAUUUUAUGUGGUGCAGCAAAAAAAAGCAUGAAAGAGAAAAAAAUGCACUUGGCUCCAUGGAGAAAGCACAAGUACAUGCAAGCGAAGUGGCUAGGAACAUACGAGAGAGCAACGCCGGCACCAUUGCCCGUGGGAUAUUCGGACCGGCCACAAAAGCCCAAGGCUUCAAUGUUAACCUUCGAUCUGCUAGAGAAAUUGCCUGGCUUGCAUUACACUGCCGUGGAAGUUGUGUGAAGAUGAUCAAGAGAAACAUAAUUUUGUUGGCAGAAAUGAAAAUUAAUUGGUUAAGUGUAUAUAAUUAUUGUUAUUAUUAUCAUGGCUUUUCUGAAUUUGCCAAAGCGAGGUAAAAGUUGUUGCGAUAGAGCCUGGAGAUGGAGAAGAAUUUUUGUUUGUUUUAGCACGAGUUUUCUACUCGAGAGGGUAAUGUAAAAAACGUGAUUCUAAAAUACAUCAUUUGUCUGUUUUAGCACGAGAUUUCGACUUAAAUGCGAUGUAUUCCAUGACCUGAUUUUAAGAAAAGAAAGCACUUUUUCCCGGUUCAAAGACAACCAAUGAGUCCACUGAAUGAUCUUUCUUGCUUCACCUUG